UAGUAAAAAUGCCUAGAAAAAGACCUGAUUUUUCGCAUGCUAAUUUGGAAAAUGCCAUAAAUGCAGUUCUUAAUGAAGGACUGUCUAAAAAAUCUGCUGCUUUAAAGUUCAAAGUAUCGAGAUCAACAUUGCAGCAUAGGCUUAAAAAUCCUGAAUCUAAAACUACUUGUGGACCUGCAACAGUACUGUCUUGUGAAGAAGAAACAAUACUAGAAAAGUGGAUCCAUGAAUGUUGUAAGAAAGGAUUUCCCCAGAGAAAAGAGGAUCUCCAGUUAAGUGUUAAACAAUUUUUAGACAAGAAUCAACGUACAAGUUCUUUCUUAAAUAAUUAUCCAGGUAUUGGUUGGUAUAGAGCAUUCAUGCGCCGUCAUCCAAAAUUAUCUACCAGAACCAGUGAGCAUGUUACUGCAGCAAGUGCUUGUAUAAGUGAAAAGGACAUCAGAAAAUGGUUUAAUGAUAUUCACCAGUAUUUGAAAGAAGAAAACUUGUGUGACAUUUUAAAUGACCCUUCGAGAAUAUUUAACGGUGAUGAAACCGGGUUUUCUUUAUGUCCAAAAACUAAAACUGUAUUAGCUCCCAGGGGUUCUAAGGAUGUUUAUGAAGUUGCUGUAGGGAAUUCAAAAGAAAAUUUGACUGUAAUGUUCACAUUUAGUGCUGCAGGAGUUAUGUGUCCUCCAAUGGUUGUAUUCAACUAUAAAAGAAUACCUCAAGAUAUUGUAAAUUCAGUACCUUCUAACUGGGGCAUAGGACAUUCGGAAAGUGGUUGGAUGAAGUCCGAAACUUUUUAUGAAUUUAUUGCAAACAUAUUUCAUCCAUUUCUGUUAUCGAAUAAUAUAAAAUUACCUGUGAUUUUAUUCGUAGAUGGCCACAAAAGUCAUCUAACUUAUGAGCUGAGUAAACUUUGUACAGACUUGCAAAUAAUAUUAAUUGCCCUUUAUCCAAAUUCAACAAGAAUUCUACAACCAGCCGACGUUGCUGCUUUCCGUCCUCUAAAAGAGGGCUGGAAAAGGGGAGUUGUUGAAUGGCGAAAGCAAAAUUCUUUAAGCAGUGCAGUAACCAAAAAAGAUUUUGCUCCAAUACUUGAAAAAGUCAUAAAUGGAACUAUAAGACCAGAUAUAUUAAAAAAUGGGUUUAGAGCAUGUGGGCUUUAUCCAUGGAAUCCGGAUAAUAUUAAUUUUAGUAAAUGUCUUGGUAAAGAACAGGUUGUAGCUGAACCAUCUGAUUUCACAAAUAAUUUAUCCAGUGAAAUGUUGGACCUAAAUUAA